UGGAUGCUUUCGAACGCCUACAUAGGUAAAUACUACUCCGUUUAACUCUAGACGACACGAUAAGUUUCCGUAUAACGUUCGAUGAUCGUGAUCUAUUCACGGCAGCGGGAUUAUCGUAAUUCGGAAAAAUAAAUGUCUUCGCUGUCGCGACGAGCUAACAUCAAAUCGUUCCCAGAGCGUAUUCCGUUCGCAGAAAAAUCCUUCAGAACACGUUGCGACGGAGGUUCAGAUACGGUUCGGAGGACAUUCGCGUGGGAAUACUGGUUCGGGUGCUUUGGUGGCCAUACUGAACGUUGCGCGCUGAUAACGUCCAGCAUGCUCGGUCCACGACAUUGAACGAGAGAAACGAAGAGGUUAAACGCACAUUCGCGAACCCUUUCUGAAAAUAACGCGUGUAAAUCGUUGUAGCUGGCUUGCACUUGUAACUAAUUGUACGAUUUACGGAUUACAUUCCCUUUAAUAAAAGCGACAACUCAUUCUGACAUAACACUGAUUUCAAGAAAUACCACCAUUUUAUUCUCGAAUAUUGCUUACUUUUUAUACGAUUUCUUCGAAACGAAGAGAAAUACAUCCCUAAGAGUUUAUGAAAUCUUCCGUUUCCUACUACUAUUCAAAUUUUUCUUAAAAAAGAAUUAAUUCGAACGAAAUAGAAAGAUAACAACUAUACGACGUAUAUACAUAGUGUACAAAGUUGGAGUAUUGUACUCGUAUCUCGAGAAAACGUUUCACUUUUCAUCGUACAGGCCUUAAGUUCAUCGAGAGCGAAGACUUCUAAUGCGUUCUAGGAACUUUCUCCGUUAGCGAAGAGAACCGGCUUGGAAGAGAGAAAAAAGAUGAGGAAAUGUACGAAGAAGUCGCGUGUAAUAAAAUUAAUGUCGAUUAGCGAAGGCGCCGUCGCGUGAUACCGCUCGCAAGCUUCUUUGAGGUGAUAAAUUUUCAAUGAAUUACCGCAUCGACGGCUCGCGUGUCCGCGACUCUCUUAGAAGUACAUACUUCCGAAACCUUAACGGUGAUCUCGCAUGUUUUCCACAUCUAACCGCGCCACAGGCGAACGUAGCGUCGAGUUAUGGUUGCCAUUCGUUAUUACCCUUGCCCGCUUGACUAUCUAUUGCUCACGACCGAUAUUUUCACGACCAUAGGUGAAAGACGUUCCGCGAAACCAAACUUUCUCUGGGUCACUAAUAUGUCACAAGGUUUACAGAUAAAAGAGCAUCGAGAUUCUAACGUGGACAAACAUGUCGCAACAUUUGUCCUGAACAAUUUUUACGAACGUGUACGUACUAUGCGCGCUAUAGAGAACUUUUUGAAAUCUCAUUAGUACUGUAACGAGAACGUGACUAUUAUGUUUUUAAUGGUAAAAUUUGAAACCAAUUGGAGAACGUACAUGACAGUUACAAGAUAUUUACUGUAAAAUCAGCAAUUAUCAAACACGUACACAUUGUAUCACUGAUACGACAUAAAUACAUGUAGCUACGUUCGAGAUGUACAACGGACGAGAUCACCAAAACCGGUUGAUACAUCGAUAUCACGGAAUCGGAAGAAAAAUACGAAUAACAUAUCGCGUACACUAUCCGCGGCAAAAUCUAUACGUUCAGCGAGCUAGUAUCAAUUAAUCUCGCAUCCUCGAUCGAUCUUUAAUUGAACCAUAAAUAUUCAGCUUUACUUUCGCCUGAUGAUACUCGCAAACAGCGCGCAUAAUCAUAGAUACACGGGGCGCAUUUUCAACGUUGAAACCGUACGUUAUCAUCGCAUGCCGUCGCCGGUAAACCAUCGUCGCGCGUUGUCCCGAUCGUGACAACACGCUUUGCACGCUCGUUUCGACGUUGCCGCCAGUGAUAAACAUCGAUUCUUUAUUGUACGAUCUCGUGGACUUUACUCCACCGAUUCCUCUUCUACUUUCUCGACAAUAGCGCCUGAGACUAACGUUGGUUUGUUUAAGGUUUCGAUGAGUUGUCGGUAGAUUAUGAACGUUUAUGCAAUCAGAGAAAAUUUAAAUGUACAAAAAUAUACAGAACGAUCGUAUACAUGACAGUACGCGAACAUGUUAAAAAUAUUCGAAGCAAAGUACUCGUUAUAAUAUUUGAAAGGCGAAACAAAUCUUUGUUUAAAAGAGAAUGAAUAUUUUAAGAUUGUUUGGAGGAUUAAAGGAAUUGCCAAGAUAAAUAAUGCUGUAAGAUACAAGGAAACUUUUUUUUCGUAAUUUUACAAGUUCCUUAUAAUUUGUAUAUUCCUGGACAAGAAGCUGUGUCCAAAUAAAAUAGUAAAGUAUUUUUAAAUUUCUUUAGGACAAGAAUCGGUAAUUAAACGGAUCAAAGUAAACAGUUGAUAGUAAAAAGGAACGAAAGAGGUCAAUUUUACGAGCAAUCAGUAGUUGGCUGCAAAGCACACAAAACAUGAAGAGAGACCUCCUCGAGAUGUUCGCAUGGAAGAACAAAGAAAUAGCCGGACGAAGUGAAGUGGCACUCGUGCUCGACCAGCACAAUUCGCUGGUUCGAAAGUUUUCCAAACAGCAUGGCCGGUCAUUGGCUACUCGUUUUGAGUCGCGGUAACUGAUCAAAUACAGCCUCGGCUAUCGCGACAUCUAAUUUUUCAUCGCCGCUUGAAAACGUCACUCACGUUGCCUAAUCCCCUCGACACGAAGUCGAUUAAUCACGAGGAAAUCUGUUCUUGAAAGCUCUCUAUAAGACUAAAAGAUUUGUUAUUAUCGCGGCUUAAUGAAUAACGCCGGCGAUAGUUGAUUUACUGCAUGUAAGAUUCGGUUUGCUGAAUUAUCGUUCUUAAAGCGAAUUAAAAAGAAGGUCGUUAAUCAAAGUUAUCCUUUAAUUCGAGUAAAUUUGUAAACUAUCGGUACAUGGAUCUAUUCAGAUUAGAUAGAUAAAUAACGAGCUCGACACGUUCCGACGAUGUUGCUUUAAUAGCGAACGCUUUAUCCGGCUGAUUUAUAAAACGUUGGGUCGCGCGGCGAUGCAAUUUUAUCGGCGAGUUAUUUCACGCAAACGGUCGAUUUCUCGGAAAUCCAGGCCGUGCCUUAAUACUUGGGUGGUUAAUCGUGCGCGAUGCAAUAAUUCUGGCCGUUACGUUCGUGUCAUCCCAUCUCCCUCGCGACGGAAUACGCGUGCAACGUGGGGUGCGCGCGUAAAACGGAAAAAUAAAGCAACGCGGAACGGACGUCGCGACGUGUCCGGCAUGCAAAUGCGAUGUAAUUCCACAGCGUCAAUUAACAUCGCGCGAGAAAUGAAUCGCAACGUACGGAUACCACGAGAAAACGUGCUCGGCUCGAAGGAGCUCGCUUGGCAAACGACGAGUAAUGUUACGACUACCCGUCCGACGAUUUGCGGUUUUAGACGCAACGGUUCGCGCGUACAUAGUUGGAUCUACGCGCGGCUUCUUGAAUUAAGUUCUGAUUGCUUGCUUUAUGAAUAAACAGAUGUUAUUUCUCUGGUCGAGGGAGCCAGCCCCGGGACCAAGAGCCGGCCCCUGGUUCGCAUGGUUCGCCACAGCUCUACUUCUCUGGCGUUGUCGACGAAGCGUCGCCAAGACGAUCCUAGCCGUAUCGCCGUUGAGAUUGCUGAAGAAACGCAACCUUCUACCAUUGACCAGUUCGAAAGGCUCGUCCACGGCGACACUGACGAAACAACGACAGAGACCAGAAAAUUCGAUAUUGCAACGGAAGCAGCACAGGCACACGGGUAUCAGAACGAAAGUGAAACGGCUAUGUACCGGUGACGGGCCGCACGUGACCAGUUCCACAUUUACAAUCCAGAGCCAGCAAAUUCAUUAUAAAGUGACCAGAAGCGGCAAAAUAUACGGGAAAUAUCCAAACAAGGUCGCCACGCCGGUGACCAACAGCCAGAGAAGCCAUUGAAACGCGACCAUUCCAUUUUCUCCGAUUGUUUAACACCGACGACUCUCGCUUUUGUCCGACCGUGCCCGUUCUCGCAUUAAUCGCGGUUGCUCCUCGCCUACCGAUGUUUCAACUCGAAAAACCACGUGUGCAUGUACGAUACGUAAUCCUGGGUUUGUUUGCCAUAAAGUCAUUUUGUCAAAUGGACACCGUGUAUUUCUUCUUUAACAUCUCGAGGGCUAACGAUUGUUAAAGGUUUCAUGGAAUUGGUUCGACGUUGAAAAGAAAUUUGCGAAGAUCAUUCGUUUCGAGCGAUUCGAAUCAACGAGGUAAAUUAAAUUGGUGGAACGUUGAGUUGGAAAAAGAUUUGAAAAUAUUCUGGUGGAAGGCAGCCGUAGAAAGUUGCUUUGGUCUGGUGUAGGCUGAGUCGCGGAUUUUUGUGGAAAUUAAAACGAGACUGGUUUUUGAUUCAACUAGUAUGUCGGCUUCUUCUGCCAACGAGGUUUUAAGUCGUAAUUUUUAAUGGGCCGAGAAGUUUCGCGUCGAGUUUGACAGGAAGACAAAGGCGCACUCCAUUUCUUGCGAAAGAACAAAUGCGAAGUAGGUCAGAAACAAGUUAAUCAAGUUUGCGGGAAGGUAAGCUUCUACUAAGGUAUAUCUCAAAUUGCGUUUUACAUAUCAGUGCGGAAUUUUGUCUAGACACGCAUUGAUCUAAAAAUCAUCCGAAUCGCGGUUAAUGUCAUAAAAUCUUCGUUGUUAAUUUUAAAAUAAUUAUCUUGCAUCUAUACGCACAUAAGAUAUACACUUUUAUUACCCGAAGAAAAAUCCUUCGAUAGCUAUUCUCAAAACAGAAAAUUUAUAUAAAUUGAAAUUCGCAUAAAUCUUUUGUUUAUAGCUAAAGAAAAGCAACUGUCCGUUUUCAAGAACUUUGCCAAUUAAUAUUCCAAUAGAUAUCUAUCUGCAUGUAUCAGUAUACAAUAAUAAUUAUAUAAAAAGAGAACUAAUAGGGAAGACAAUCAACAAUUUUAUUUCUAUUUCCGUUUUUUCUAUAGCAAUUUUUCGUGUAGAAUCCAAAA